AUGACCACCACACAACUUCCUUCGCCAGACACAACACAGCUUCUUGCGCCGUUUCUUCCUGCUCUCCCGCCAUCUGCUAUCUCUACCGAGCCUGCGAUCGGUAUUCUACCACUUUUGUCCCCCAUACUGCGUCAGCGAGUCAAGCUUCUAUCUACGUCAAGCACUGAGCCAUGGAUUCGACUUCUGUGCUACGACAAGGCAAAAAUACCUGAGCUGGUUCAGAUCGCCCAAGGUGGUAGUCUUGAGCCACACCCGGUAUCGGGUGAGGUCGAGGUCGACUGGGAUUAUGACGCCGAGGUGCGCUUUCGUCGGGUCGACGAAGAGACUCUGCAGGCUCUCGUUGCGCUCUCCACCCUGGGUUUGGCCUUCCAGUUGAUCUACUGCGUUGGGGACGUUGAGGGCGGAGGCGAUGGCUGGAGGGUUGGCGAGGUCACUAUCGCAGACAAACCCUCGCCUUUCUUGCAAUUUGGGGGAGCAUCCAGCAUCGCAGAGGCCGAGCGGCAGUUCAGAGAAACACAGGCGAAGAAGGUGACUAACCAAGCCAAAGACACCAACGGCCACGGCAAUAGCUUGCAUGUCCCCCAUAGUGGUCACGAAGAUGAAGAGGACGACGACGAUGAUUAUUGGGCACGGUACGAUGCGACCCCAUCCCGGACACCAGCGCAGAAACAAUCACCUGCACCUCCUUCAAAAUCUACUUCUCAGAUUGGUGGUGUCCGUGCAUCUUCAGCAGAGGACGCAUAUUUUGCUCAAUAUGACAGUGUUCAGCCUGCUAUGGAUAACCAUGAUCCGGAUGAGGAAGAGGCUGCUGCGCAAAUUGCUCCACCACUUGGACUCGGGCGUACCCAAGAAUCUGCCGAAGCCACAGAGCUUAAUGAGACGCAGGGCACUUGGACAUUGGCUGAGAUCGAGAAGAGUGAUUCAAGCCCGACACAAAACGGAGAUGAUACCGAGCGCCACGCCGCUCUCCUUCAUCCACGCCCAGCCUCAAGCGCCAGUUCCAACGGCUCGGAAACAGUUGCUAAGCUUGAGGCCUCUGCCGGCAAACAAACACAAAAUGAAUUUGGCGUCAAGCAGCAUGUAUCGCGCAGUAUUCGAAGCCUGUUCAUGCUUUCACGUGCUUCGGGUAUUGAUCGUCAGGAAUUUGAGAGCCUUGUUCGUGCCGAGCUCGAUAUUCUUGGCAUGGUUGAGGACCAAGAACAAGUCUGA